AUGGUAAAACUGGAUACAAUGAUCGAAAGAGUUAGCAUAUAUUUUAAGUGUGAAGGUCGGAUGAUAAACAAGAAGGUUGGAUUUGUUGAGAGCCACGUUAAGUUGGAGUUGAGCUACUAUCCGCUAGUGGCAGAAUCGAAUGAGAGGGAAAAGUGUACGAUUUAUGAUGAUGAGGAUUUGGAUGUGUAUUUGACGUCCUUUGAUACAGAGAAGCGAAGAUGUGUGUUGAUUGUGGAUGUCACAAAGGUAUCGGAACAGCCUGAGCAAGUGAUUGAAGAUGAUGAUGAUGAUGAUGAUGAGGCUGUUAGAGUGGACCAAAGUUCUGUUGGUAUGAAUUAUCAAAACCAACAUACUAGAGAUGAUGAGGCUAACGCCAUUGUUCCAUACGAAGAGAAAGAUAAAGGAAAGGGUGUCGAGGGCGAUUCUGAAACUUUAGGACGUGAAGAAGGUGAUGAGUAUGUUGAACAACCACCUAUUGUAACACCUUCUCAGUUUAUAGACCCAUGGGAAGACGGUUUGACUUUGAGGAAAUUUGACGAAGUCCCAAACAAGAAGGCAUUGCAAGAAGUGGUGGAUAGAGCUUCGUUUGCUAACUGUUUUAGGUUUAAAAUUGUGAAGUCGGAUAAGGAUCGUUAUGUGUUGAAAUGUUCUAAAGAAGGAUGUAGUUGGGGUUUACGAGCUACAAGUGUUCCACAUACUGAGAUUUUCUCUAUCCGCCGGCACAACAAUAUGCAUAGUUGCUCUCGGGCGAGUAAAAGUUCAAGCAACAGUAACAGGCGCGGCACUCCGGAAUUAGUUGCAUCCCUUUUACAUAAUGAUUAUCCAGGACAGAUGGAAACUCCACGUCCCAAGAUUAUCAUGGAACUUGUGAAGACCAAAUUAGGUUUGAGUGUAUCAUACUCGACGGCAUUGAGAGGGAAAGAUAAAGCCGUUAGUAAUUUGCGUGGUACCGCGGAAGAAAGCUACAAAAUGCUCCCUUGUUAUUUGCACAUGUUAGAGAAGGUUAAUCAAGGUACGAGAACAUAUCUGCAUUUGGAUGAGAAUAAGAAAUUCAUGUACUUGUUCAUAGCUUUGGGAGUUAGCAUCGAAGGGUUUCAAGUCAUGAGGAAGGUUAUAAGUAUAUAUGCAACAUUUCUAACAUAA